AUGGACAAGGCCCCUGGGACGGAGGUCUCUGCCUUCGCGUCCAAGGCCCUGAGCAGAGACGUGGGAAAGGACUGCAUUUCGCCCGUUUGCACCGCCCCCGACGGUCCCGUAUUCCAAGAAGGGGAUUUCCUGCUGGGUACUGCCCCGCUCGGGCAGGUAGUCCACUACACCUGCGCGCGCGCCAACCGCAAGGACCUAAUCCGCGCCAUAUACAAGGAACAAGACGAGAGGCGUGCGAAGUAUCAGAAGAAGCAACAGGGCACGCAGAGCAAGCAGGCUGAGAAGCGCUCCCGCGUCGAAGCGACGGUCAGCUUCGCGGCGCUCGCCCCGGACUCGGACGACGAGCUUCUCGAAGAAUCUGACUCUUGAGAGUUUGUGUAUUUCGCUGUUGUUGAUACGUCCGCUUUUUGAAGGCGUUAGACCGGCAUUGUCGCGUAUCCUCCGUUUGUGCGAGAGGAAUACAGUUCGCUGUUGUUGAUACGUCCGCUUCCGCUUCUUGUGGACGUUAGACCGGCAUUGUUGCGUGUUUUUCCGUUUGUACGGGAGAAUAUACUUCCAAGACAACAUCACGUCCGAUGGUCGUCGCCUGGGUGCUGUCGCUUUUGGGGACCUUUCCAUUCGCUUGCCUGUUGAGUACGUCUUUCGAGCCAGUAGCAUUCGCCAUGAAAGAAACCAGCGUUGCAGGCACUGCAGCGCUUGGACAUGGGCAGAAGAAAGAAUCAACUGUUGUUCAGGAGGCAAGUAAGUUGUGGGGCCUUUGGUUCCUAUCCCCGACGAUAUUGAACGUCUAUGC